AGGUGCGCUACUGCCACUGGAUGAACCAGUCCGCCGCGGGGGGCGAGUGGGAGGACUCGGACCUCACGGUGCAGGUGGCCGAGUCCACCGAGGACGUCGUGGUCUGCACGAGCACCCGCCUGACGAAGUUCUUCACGGGCUCGUACGGGAGCGUGCUGCCCCACCCGUUCCAGUUGGUUUGCCCCGACGCGGACAUCAUCAACACCGACGCUUUGAAGGCCCUGGGGCACGGGACCUGGUGGUACAAACCCGCGGGGCUCCUGAUGUGGCUCGUGCUGCUCAUCCAGAUCGGGCUGGUGGUCCUCUCCUGGAGGAGGCAGCAGCGCGGCGCCGAACUGCACCGCAGCUUCAACGUCGAGGAGUCAGCUGGCAGCUGCGAGGCGGCUCGGGCCGAGAGCAACAUGGUGAACAACAGCAUCUUCGAGGUGAACGGCUGCUCCCUGGACGGGCUGCUCCUGUGGCUGGCCGCGAACGCGCUAGGAGUGGAGGCCAGCCCCGACGAGCUGGACGGCCGGCCUCUUGGCGCGGCCAUCCGCCAGAUGGUGCACGCGAGGUGCCUGCUGCUGUCCUGCCAGACGGACAUCGGCCUGUCGCAGGCGAAGGUCUGGCACUUCAGGAUCGCCAGUGCGACCUCCAUGAUUGGCGAGAAUGCGAAGCAGCAGAGGGGGAGUCGCCCGCGUAGACGACUCCCAGAGGCGGCGGAGUGCGGCUCUAUGGGCGAAGUGAACAGGAGAAUGGGCGACUCAAUCGACAGGGCCACGCAGGUCUUCCUGAGGACCGGGAACCCCGCCGCGGCCGUCCGCGACCGGCUGUGGACGUUCUUCUUUGCAGCCCACCCGCUGACCAGGGCCAUCUGCUACAGCAUCGUGACGCCGUGGAUCCACCGGGCCCUCGCGCUCGCGUGCUCAGUGCUCGUGCCGCUCGCCGCCUGCGCCCUGUACGUGGCGCACUUCGCGCGGAAGGGCGGCGAGCCGCUGUGCGAGCGCAAGGACCUGGCGGAGCAGAUCUUGCGGGACAUGCUGCCUGGCAUGGCCACGGCCGUGCUGGCCAAGUGCGUGUUCUGGCUCUUGGCCGGCAUCCACCGCAGGGCCCUCGUGUCCUCGUACGUGGCCUUCUGGAUGCUCAGGGAGCUCAUCGUCCUCCUGCUCCUGGUGAGCCUGCUCGCGGGCUCGUCCUGCUACGUCCUGGCGUUCCUGGCCGGCGUCACCGAGACCGACGCGGACCACUGGGCGAUCAGCUGCCUUACCUACUUCGUCUUCGCUUGGCUGCUGGUCCCCCUGGCCUCGUCCCUCCUGUGGUUCGGCGUCGCCCUGAACCUGGCCGGGCGGGACGAGUACGUGGAGAAGGCCGCGAACUUGCUCCGGGACAACCUGGGCUACGCAAGGAAGCGGAUCUCGGCGGACGAGGAGCCGAGCUUCGACGCCUUCGCCGACGACUUCCCGAAGCCGCAGAUGAUGCCGAAAGGGGGCAUGAGCGGCGCCCGGAUGCCGGAGCCGCCGCCCUCGCCCGCGUGGGGCGAGGCGCAGGGGAAGAACCCUCCGAAGGAGCGGCCCCCGCAGCCGCCCGGCUUCUUCGCCAUCGAGGCCGCCCGGCGCGGCAACAACGCAAACUUCUGGCGCUGGGUCGAUGACCUGCACCAGUACGGCGAGGACCCCAACUCCAACCUGCCCGCCGGCGUGCAGCCGACGCGAGCGCCCGCUGGCGCGCAGCCCGCCUGGCGCGCGCCGCACCAGCAGGCGCUGCCGAUGCCGCCGCCGCUCCGGCCGUACGACGAGGACCGGCUCUCCUUGCAGCAGACGGCGUCGCGGAAGGGCCCGCCGCCGCCGGCGCCGGGCGCGGCGCUGCAGGUGCGCCAGCCAGCCGCAAACACGAAGGGGUCGACCGCAAGGAACCCCCCGGGCCUGUCGGACGAAGAGGUCCCCGUCACCCCGCCCGGGCAGCCUCGCCCGCCGCCGCGGCGCGGCCUUGACGCGGUGGGCGUGCCGCCGCCGCCCCCCGCGCUGCCGGACAUGCCGCGGCAGGCGGCAGGGCGACAGCCACCCGGCUUCGCGGGCCAGCCGCGCCUGCCGGAGCUGCCAGGGCUCAUGGGCAGCGGCGACGACACGCCCCCGGAGGUUGGCGGCGGGGCCUCCCUGCGGGCGCGGUCGCGGCCGCCCGCGCUGGGCGCCUCCGCCGCGGACGCGGCCGCCUGGGGCGUACCGCCGGCGCCGACUGUGACGGAGGGCCAGGACGUGUGGUUUACAGACAACAGAGAGCUGCAAGCGCAGACUGACGGGGUCGCGUUCCGCUACUCCCCGAACCUCGCCGAUACCGACGGCAGGUUCGUGGUGAACUGGGGCUCGGCAGUGCAAGGCGCCGUCUCCGAAGACGGCGAGUGGCUGAAGACGGAGGGCGGCCUGUACCUGCCCAUGCGCUCCAGGGGCAAGCGGGGGCGGGAGGCAGCCCAGAGCUGCGACGCUCUGCGAACGGCAGGCGAACCUGCCGCUGCAAUUAGCUGGGGGAGCGUCGGGUCUCCAGAGGGUUGA